AUGGAACAAGAGAUUGUAAAUCUUUGCAGCGAUAGCGACAGCGACGCGACUCUGCCACGAGCUCCGUCACCAAAGGCUGCCCCGUCCCGAGAUCCACGCAUGCGCCCUGGAACGGGCUACCCCCGCCGAACACCGGCGAAUGCACCGCCGGCCAGCGAAUCGGACGAAGAUGACGAGGACACCCGCCGCUCUAGGCGUCCUGCCAGCCCACGCUAUGCAUCAUCCCCAGAAGCGAACCUGGGGGAUGACAGCGACAACGAAGAUGACGAGGACACCCGCCGCUCUAGGCGACCUGCCAGCCCACGCUAUGCAUCAUCCCCAGAAGCGUACCUGGAGGAUGACAGCGACAACGAAGACGACGAGGACACCCGCCGCCCUAGGCGUCCUGCCAGCCCACGCUAUGCACCAUCCCCGGAAGCAUACGUGGAGGAUGACAGCGACGGUACCCAGUCUGACAACGAGGGGGCCACUGGUGGCUACGACGGCAGGACUGGGUACGGAGGCGUUCCGCACUUAUUCUUCAAGAGCACCGAGAGACACGUUGUCCGACACAGCCACUGGCAACAGCUGCUGCAGGUGCAGUAUUCCUCAUGCUGGAUACGGAUGCCUUUCCAGCCAACCGAGGAUCCGAUCAUAGAGUUCCCAACCUCGCCAGAACCAUACCCUGCUCUCAUGGGUCCAGAUACGGACGAUGACGAGGCAGCUAUCGACCUGACAAACCCACCGGAAGCAUCAGCCAACAGCCAGCCGCAUCCGUCAGAGCGCGCCCACUCCGCUCCCGACGCCGCCAUCAGCCACCCGCAUCCGUCGGAGCGCGUCCACUCCGCUCCCGACGUCGCCAUCAGCCAUCCGCAUCCGUCGGAGCGCGUCCACUCCGCUCCCGACGCCACCAUCAGCCAUCCGCACCCGUCAGAGCGCGCAUACUCCGCUUCUGACGUCGCCCUAGAUCUGACGCUCUCCUCGAAGGACACUCAUGCCGCGUUGCCCACCGCCGGAACGUCAGCAGUCAGCCAGCCGCAUCCGUCAGAGCGCGCCCUCUCCGUUCUGGACACCGCCAUCGGCCUGACUCACGCAGCUUCCAGCGCCACACUUCACGCUGGAGUACAAGCAAUACCAGCUGCUAUUCGAAUGAUUCGGGCGGAGGGGACAUACCCCGAUUAUGACGCUGUACGCUAUCUGGGCCAUAGCCUAUCGUCGGACACGGCUAGCGGAAAGUGCCUGGACUGGUCGUCACAAUCGAGUAAUUCAGACGAUGACCAUGGGGCUAUAUGCCGACGUAGCCGGAGGAGGAAGCGGGCCAACCCAUCUCGACGGGAGAAGGCAGUAAGCGCCAUAGAAAAGGAGUCCGUGAGCGGACUCCGUCGGACACUAGCGCCAACGCCCCGGAGUUGGAGAUCUCAGAUGAGGCCAUGA